GACGAUAAAGCCAAGCGUCUCAUUUCUCCUUCCUCCUUUCGGCUGUCCCGAACCUUUUUUAUUGCUCUGUCAAUCUGCAAUCUUAAACACUGAUCAGAAUAUUUUACUUAACAUUUUUCUUUUCAACUUUCUGUCUGGUCAGUUCCAGAUUGCGUUCUUUAAGUCUAAGUGAUGAGAGAUAAUGGCUUUUUACAGCAAAGACGUUGAUUCAGCAUUCCAUGGCGCAGGGGCAAAACCUGGAUUAGAAAUCUGGUGCAUUGAGGAUUUGCGGUUGGUUCCAGUUCCAAAAUACUCUCAUGGAAAAUUCUACUCUGGAAGUGCAUAUGUCGUUUUAAGUACAAGCGUGCUAAAAAAUGGGCCUCCGCAGCACGACAUACAUUAUUGGAUGGGAAAUGAUGCAAACGAGGUAGACUCAGCCUUGGCAUCGGACAGAGCGCUGGAACUAGAUGCAGCGCUAGGGUCUUGCACUGUGCAGUAUCGAGAAGUUCAAGGCCAAGAGACAGAGAAAUUCUUGUCAUAUUUUAAACCUUGUGUCAUUCCUGUUGAAGGAGUAUAUUCUUCACAGCCAGGGAACUCAAAUGGUGAAACAAACCAAGUCACCUUGUUAACAUGCAAGGGAGAUCAUGUAGUUCAUGUCAAAGAAGUGCCUUUUUCUCGAUCAUCCUUGAAUCACAAUGAUGUAUUCAUUCUUGAAACUGCAUCAAAAAUUUUCCUCUUUAGCGGGUGCAACUCUAGUAUCCAAGAAAGGGCUAAAGCUUUGGAGGUUGUUCAGUAUAUCAAAGAGAAUAGACACGCUGGAAACUGUGAAGUGGCAAUUAUAGAGGAUGGAAAAUUGGUUGGUGAUUCUGACGUUGGUGAAUUUUGGAGUUUAUUUGGUGGUUAUGCACCAAUUCCCCGGGACUCAGCUUUGGCUGGUCAGCAACAAGUUGACAGUCCUGUAAUAUUGUUUUGGAUAAAUCUUCAGGGAAAACUAUCUCAAAUUGGAAGUGAUUCAUUGGAUAAAGAUAUGCUUGAGAAAAACAAGUGCUAUAUGCUAGACUGUGGUGCUGAAGUUUUUGUUUGGAUGGGAAGAAAUACUUCAAUAACUGAACGAAAGACAUCUAUUUCAGCUGCAGAGGAUUUCCUCAGAAAGCAUGACAUGUCAAGUAGGACUCACUUAACAUUUUUAACUGAGGGUCUAGAAACUUCAAUGUUUAAAUCCUACUUCAAUAGUUGGCCUCAAACUGCACAGACCAAGCUGUACGAUGAAGGGCGAGAAAAAGUGGCAGCAAUAUUCAAGCAACAGGGUUAUGAAGUGAAGGAGCUUCCUGAAGAAGACUUGCAGUCUUAUAUAAAUUGCAGAGGCACACUGAAAGUUUGGCAGGUAAAUGGUCAUGAACUGUCCCUUAUUCCAGUUUCAGAACAGACAAAGCUCUACAGUGGGGAUUGCUAUAUUGUGCAGUAUACAUAUCCUGGAAUUGAAAGGGAUGAGAGUUUAUUUUAUGCAUGGCUUGGUCACAGAAGUGUACUGGAAGAUAGAGCUGAUGCCAUAUUCCAUAUGAGUGCAAUUGUUGAUUCAACCAGAGGGGAUCCAGUAAUGGCUCAGGUUACUGAAAAUAGAGAGCCAGUUCAGUUUUUCCUUAUUUUCCAGACAUUAAUUGUUUAUAAGGGAGGUAUCAGUGCAGGGUACAAGAAGUUUAUUGCUGAAAGUGGUAUUGAUGAUGAUACUUACGAUGAAAAAAAAACAGCUCUUUUUCGAGUUCAAGGGACGAGUCCAGAAAACAUGCAAGCUAUCCAGGUUGAUCAUGUUUCAAGCUCCCUGAAUUCAUCCUACUGCUACAUCCUGCAAAAUGGAACAUCUGUCUUUACUUGGAUUGGGAAUCUCACCUUGAGCAGAGACCAUGAUCUUCUUGAUAGAAUGCUUGAACUGAUUAAUCCGACAUGGCAACCCAUAUCGGUGAGGGAAGGAAGCGAACCAGAUAGUUUCUGGAGUUCACUUGGUGGAAAGACAGAGUAUCCAAGAGAAAAAGAGAUGAAAAAAUUCAUAGAAGAUCAACAUUUAUUUAAAUUUACCUCUACUGAAGGUGAUUUCAAGGUUAAAGAGAUAUAUAGCUUCACUCAAGAUGAUUUAACUACUGAAGAUGUACUAGUGCUAGACUGCCAUAAAGAAAUAUAUGUUUGGGUUGGACGCCACUCAACUAUUAAAUCAAAACAAGUAGCCCUUAAUCUUGGUCUGAAAUUCCUUGAAACAGACAUUCUGGAAGAAGAACUUUCUUUGGAGACUCCUGUAUAUGUUAUUACUGAAGGCCAUGAGCCACCAUUUUUCACAUGCUUCUUUGAAUGGGAUCCCUCAAAGGCAAAUAUGCAUGGCAAUUCGUUUGAGCGGAAGCUUGCUACCUUGAAGGGGAAAACAUCAAGUGGAACUGCACCAGCAAGAAAUGUAAGGAAAGCUUACUCCAGGGAAGCCACCCCAGAUGGCCAAAGAAGCAGAUCUGGCAGUUCAAAUGGAUGGGAAAGAAGUGUAUCUCCUGCAUCUAGCAGAUCAGGUUCACAUUUGAAGUUUUCUGACAACCACAAUGUAUCCAGCCCAACACCAGUUGUCAGGAAGCUCUUUACGGGGUCCUCUCCUUAUCAAGAUUCUCCAGUAGUGAAACCAAGCUCCCCUUCAACAAAGGAAAACUCAGUCCAGAUUGAUGCAAGUGAGACCAGUGCAAAUUCAUUAAUAUAUCCUUAUCAAAGAUUGACAGUGGUGUCAACUGACCCAGUUUCAGGCAUAGAUGUGACCAAAAGAGAGGCAUACUUGUCAGAGGAAGAGUUUGCAGAAAAAUUUGGCAUGCCGAAGGGAGCCUUCUACAAGCUUCCUAGAUGGAGACAAAACAAGCUCAAGAUGGCAGUCGAUCUUUUUUAAUCCUCACUAGCUAGACGUUACAUCUAGUUGCCCAUGUCUUGAUCGAUGACAGCUUCCUGCAGUCAACCACUCCCUUUUCUCAUUGGACAGGACGAUGAGCCCUUCACCAGCCAGUUAUGUUCCAGAAAAUGCAUCUAGUAUCUUUAGUCUAUUCCCUGAGCUUAGUCUAUAGUCUUUGGUCUUUGCCUCUCCAGAGAAAUCAUGGAUCAUUACGUGAAUCCUUGGUUUUCUAUGUGGUUUUUUGCAGCAUAGUAGAUCCCAACGGCUCUUCUUUCUUGCGGUUUCGAUUUUUAAUUAUUAAAUUGUUCAAAAAGAAACCAGCUCUUUUUGGACAAGGAUAAUCAUCCUAUUUUUGAUCUUAAGUUUUGUUUGAAUAAAAGACGUGUAUCUAUA